UUUGAAGGCAGGCUUAAAAACCAAAACGCAUAACUCUUCUCCGAACGAAAUGCUCAGCAGCCCCAACUUUAUCUGCAUCUGCGUGCCCUAGAACCUCCUCUUCUUCUUUUUCUUCCAUUACGAUCAACCGAUCACGAGCUUUUUCUUCUACUCCAAAUUUAUUCGCAGAUCACAUAUAGCAAUAAUAGUGAGCAGGCAUGACGACUGCAGCUCGACCAACGUGGGCUCCUGCUAAGGGUGGUAAUGAACAAGGCGGUACUCGCAUUUUUGGCCCCUCCCAGAAAUAUUCAUCGAGGGACUUAGCUGCUCAUACAACUUUAAAAUCCAGGAAAGAAGGGCAGGACACCCAAGAUGAACUGCAGAAGAGGAACCUUCAGGAGGAGCUUGAAGAACGUGAGCGAAGGCAUUUUUCAUCAAAGGAUAAGAAUUAUAAUGAUGACAGAGAUCGAAGGAGGGGAAGCCAUCUCCUGUUAGAAGGUUCAAAGAGGGACAUUGAAGACCGCAUAAUACCACGCAGUGUGGAUGCUGAUGACUCUGAUGUUGAAGUCAAAAGUGAUGAGGACAGCGAUGACGACGACGACGACGAGUCUGAUACAGAAGCCCUCAUGGCUGAGCUUGAACAAAUCAAGAAAGAAAGAGCUGAGGAGAAGAUGAGGAAGGAACGAGAACAAUGGGAAGAGGAUCUUAAAGUCAAGGAAGCGGAGCUUCUGAAAGGAAAUCCACUGCUCAAUAAUCCGACUUCUUUCAACGUGAAAAGAAGAUGGGACGAUGAUGUGGUAUUUAAAAACCAAGCCCGAGGUGAAACCAAGACCCCGAAGCGCUUUAUCAAUGAUACCAUCAGGAAUGAUUUCCACCGAAAAUUCCUUCAUAAAUACAUGAAGUGAGAACACAGAUCAAUGCUAUAUGUUAAAUUUGAAGAAACUGACUGUUAUAAUAUUCUGGACCUGAAUACAAACUGGGUUGCCAAAUAUUAAGUUGAAUCUAAGUGGUGAAUGUCAUAUUCUGUAUUA